UAUCCCGCGUUUAGUUCAGUUUCACGGUUCUGAAAAUUUGCCGCUCGACCGCCGAGACGGUAUAGAUAUAAAGCGUAGUUUAUGUAUACUAAAAACCUAAAAAUUAGCUCCGUUCCUGAUAAACCCUGAUGUAAUCCGUGCUUACAAAUGGCCGAUUUGAACUCCACAACUGGUAGCGGUGAUGUGCAGAAGGCUAUUUGCACUAUCUGCUUUGAGGACCUGAAACCCAUCCUCGAGGACCUCCAAACGCUCCCCAUUUGCGGCCACGUCUUCCACGAGCUCUGCAUCCAACAAUGGCUGGAGUACUGUCCGGCGGGAAAGAAGCCAACUUGUCCUGUCUGCAAGCAGUCAUGCUCUCGCCAUAACCUCACCCGCCUCUACUUUCAGUCCACCGGCGACUCCCCUCAGCUAAAUUCAUCUUUUUCAAGGCACGGUCCAGGCAAUGCUGAUGUCGAAACGCUGGUUGAGGAGGUGAGGAGAUUGAAAAUGAAGCUCGCGGCCGUGAACACCACGUUCGAGAACCAGCAGGCGCUUCUCAAGAAACUAGAUGAGGAGCUCUCUGCUUGGAAACAGUUUGCAAAAGAAGAGGAGCUUAGGAAGGAGGAAAUUAAGAAAGAGAAGGAGUACAACGAGCAGCUUCUUUAUAUGAAAAUGGAGGAACUAUCAAUGAAAACAGUAGAGAUUGCUAAGCUACAAGAGAGGGGCUUGGCAUUGGCUAAGGAACUUGCUACCCUAAAAUUGGCAACUGACCUGAACCUAGAGGAAGAAGACAUGGUGAGGCUUGCUUCUAUUGGCCAUGGAAGUAACAUAGAGAAUGCUUUAGAUGUUUUGAAGAAGUCACUUGCUCUACGCAACAAUAGGAGUUAUAAGGAUCUGAUGAUCCAAUGCAACAUUCUCGGACGGUCAGAAACUCGCUCUUGCAAGAAGCUAGAUAAGGCUAGAGAAAAGAUAAAUAAAUUGAAAAUAAGAUUGCAAGAAGUGGAGAAGGCUCUCGAAGAAAAGGAAAAUGAAGAUCUCAGAGACUUUAAAGAUUCUAGAAGAUUAAAACGAGUCAAUUUGAGUUAUACACAGCAAAAUGUAUGCUGUCCUACAAUUAAGGAUCAACCUGUGUGGCAGUACGCAACGGAAAAUUCAGAUCACAUAACCUUGUCUAGCAAUGGCCUUGAUCAGUUUUGUAGAACCGAAAGAACUGAACUUAAAAAAAUAUCAUCUCCUCUAGCCUAUGAGAGAAGUAACCAUGCAGUUGAUCGGAAUAUGGAUUCUUAUAAUCUGAUGCUGAUUCCGGACUCUAAUAGGCAUCCAGCUCUUGCAGUCAAGUGUGAGAAUGGACAAGCUGACCAAGAUGCACAACCUAUCUCAGGAAUAAGAUCUAAUUUUAUGCAGAAUGCUAAUGCCUAUGCUUAUACAAAGGUUAGUGAUGGUGCUGCUUAUUAUAAGUUCGGGGAUGAUUCAAAAGAUGGUGAGGAGGGUUCUUCAGUAGUCAUUAAGAAGAAAGUAACCCAUCGUAACAUUAGCAUGGUCACUACAGAGAAGAUUCUUAUGGAUGACAUACAGAAGGAAGUGCCUUACCUUGCAGAUCAAAGUGAAGCUGCCGCUUGCGUCUCCCCAGCUUGCUUAGGUGAGUCUCUUUUUCUCGUCUGUGCUUUUUGGAGAUAUUGAAAGGGUUUUAACAAU